AUGGCCACCGGAGGGAGCGAGCCGAUCGCUAUUGUGGGAAGCGGCUGUCGCUUCCCUGGCGGAUCUUCAUCUCCAGCCCGUCUAUGGGAAUUACUGAGCCAUCCUCGAGAUGUGUCGAGUAACAUCCCAGAAGACCGGUUUAGCUGGCAGAGCUUUUACCACCCCGAUGGCGCUCACCAUGGUACAACAAACACAAAGCGAGGGUAUUUCCUACAAGACAGUAUCCGGGAUUUUGACACGAAAUUCUUCAAUAUUCCUCCCUCGGAAGCGGACACGAUUGAUCCACAGCAGCGCUUGUUACUCGAGGUUGUUUAUGAAGCCAUGGAGUCCGCUGGAAUGACUCUUCACGGAAUGCAAGGCACAAAUACGGGUGUUUUUGUAGGCAUGAUGGGCUGUGAUUAUGAUGGCAUGAUGGCUCUUUAUCUGGCUGUGCAGGCCUUGAGGAAUGGGGAUGCCUCAGUGGCAGUUGCGGCUGGGGUCUCAUUAAUUAUCCGACCUAACAAUUUCAUAGUUCUGAGUAAUCUGAACAUGGUGGCACCGGAUGGUCGCUCUAAGAUGUGGGACGAAGAGGCUGAUGGGUAUGCACGCGGUGAAGGUGUCGGUGUUGUCAUCCUCAAGCCACUCAGCGCGGCUUUGAAAGACGGUGACACUAUAGAAUGCGUGAUUCGUGAAGUCUGCGUCAACCAGGACGGGCGAACACAGGGAAUCACUGUGCCAAACGGAGUGGCUCAGGCAGAUCUUAUCCGCCAGACAUAUCGACGUGCUGGUCUUGAUCUCGAUUCCGAGCUCGACCGGCCACAGUAUUUUGAGGCUCAUGGCACCGGUACUCCAGCUGGUGAUCCUCAGGAAGCGCAGGCUAUUGCACGGGCAUUUUUCGGAGAAAAUUAUGCUGUCUCUGAUUCAAGUCCGCUAUACGUUGGCUCAAUCAAAACAGUCAUCGGUCACACUGAAGGCGCAGCAGGGAUUGCGGGAAUCCUGAAAGCAUCAUUAGCAUUGCAACAUGGUUAUAUUCCUCCUAAUCAAUACUUCAAUUGUCUCAGCUCUUCUGUCGCUCCGUUUGCGAAGAAUUUGGAAAUUCCUACAAGUCUUCUUCCUUGGCCUUCCACCUCGAGUGGAGGUAUCAGAAGAGCCAGUGUUAAUAGCUUCGGAUUUGGUGGCUCAAAUGCCCAUGCCAUCUUGGAAGCUUUUGAUCCCAUUCCUGCUCAAAGAACCGAUGCCAAGAUUCCUUUAUCCCCAUUUACCUUCUCCGCCCCAUCGGAGCAGAGUCUGAGAUUAGCUCUGCAUCGCAUGGCAGAAUAUCUUACAGAUAACCCCGAAACUAACAUUCGUGAUCUUGCCUACACCAUACAAGUCCGUCGAUCGGUUUUCCCCUUUCGCACAACAUUUUGGGCUCUCACGGCCAGUGAACUCAGUCAGAAGAUCAAGACAGAAAUGGAAAAUCUCAAAGAGGGAGAUGCCACAAUGGGUAUCCGUACACUUCCCAGCCACAGUAAAAAGAUUCUUGGUGUGUUCACUGGCCAGGGAGCGCAGUGGAUGGGCAUGGGCAAGGGACUUAUCGAGCACUUACCCUAUGCCCAAAAACUUCUGAGUCAGCUUCAACAAAAUCUAGACACCUUGCCCAGUGCGGAUAAACCAUCAUGGUCUCUCUAUGACCAAUUAUUCGCCGGGCCUGAAACAUCGCGCCUCAACGAAACCGCAAUCUCCCAACCUCUGAUUACUGCUAUUCAAAUCAUAUUGGUAUGUUUACUUCGACAAGCCGGUGUCCAGUUCACUGCAGUGGUCGGUCAUUCUUCGGGUGAGAUUGCUGCAGCCUAUGCGGCGGGUUUUCUCACCGCUGCGGAUGCCAUUCGCAAUGCCUACUAUAGAGGUCUCUUUGCCAAGCUUGCUGGUGGUCCAAAUAAAGAGAAGGGAGCGAUGUUGGCGGCAGGUAUUUCCUUGGCCGAGGCUAAGGAGCUGUGUAGCCACUCUCGCUACAAGGGCCGGGUUAUGGUUGCAGCAAGUAACUCGCCUGUCAGCGUGACUCUUUCUGGAGAUAUCGACGCGAUCGAGGAAUUAAAAGUCCAUUUGGAUGAGAUGCAAAAGUUUUGUCGGCAGCUGCGCGUCGAGGCGGGGUAUCAUUCCCAUCAUAUGCUUCCCAUUGUGCCGGCUUAUGUUCAUGCGCUUGGAAUCUCUGGGGCCGAAGCAAUGAUGCCUGAAAGUGGCAGCCCUCUAUGGUGGUCCAGUGUUCAUCCCAGCCCUAAGCCGAUAGAGCUGACAGAAGACCUAAAUAUUGACUACUGGAAAGACAACAUGAUUCAGUCAGUCCUGUUCAACCAUGCAGUUGAGAAUGCGGUGGAAUCUGCUGGUCCCUUUGACAUUGCCCUUGAGAUUGGCCCGCAUCCAGCUCUUCGGGGACCUUUCCUUCAAACACUCAAUGCUCUUUCUGAACGAGAAAUACCGUAUUUGGGAUGUCUAGCUCGUGGGAAAGAUGAUUUGGAAACUUUCUCAGAGACUCUUGGGUCGCUCUGGUCUCAUCUAGGUCCAUCAGUCAUCAACUUUGACGCCUAUGAGCGUAGCGUUGCGCCCGAGGCCCCCAAUCGGGCAUUUAUCCGCGGUCUUCCCUCUCAUUCAUGGACCUAUGAUCGCCCGUAUUGGUUCAAAACCAGAUAUGCCCGUGAGAAAUGGCACCGGAAAGGUGCAGUCCACUCGCUACUUGGGGUAGACGCCGGAGAUAAAACCGAGACUCAGGUCAAGUGGCGAAAUAUUCUGCACCUGAAAGAGAUGCCUUGGCUGGAGAACCACCGAAUUUACGAUCAGCCGAUCUUUCCCACCACUGGCUAUAUGUGCAUGGCCUGGGAGGCGGCUCUCAAAAUUUCUGAAGGUCGCUCAAUCCAGCUAUUUGAGUUGUUCGAUCUGAAGAUUGGCCAUGGAAUUCUUCUGGAUGAUACACCUGCUGGCGUCGAGACUAUCUUUACUCUUACCGUUGUCGAAACUCCAACAGACACCAUCGAUGUCAUGCGAGCCCGGUUUUCCUGUCACUCAUGUACCAGUGACAACGAUAUAUUGGUGCUCAAUGCUGAGGGUGAGAUAAAAGUGACCUAUGGCACUUCUUCAGCUUCCGAACUACCUGUUAUUCAUUCUCCCUUGCCAAACCUGGUCAGCACAGAUACCGAUGAGUUCUAUUCUUCGUUGAACAAGUUGGGAUAUGGCUACUCUGGAGAGUUCAGGAGCAUGAUUUCAUUGGAGAGGAAACGGAAUCACUCACGUGGUGUGAUGCGAAGAGUGCCCACGGAUUUGCUGAUCCAUCCUGCUACUUUGGACACUGCCUUCCAAGCUGUUUUGGCUGCAACAAGCUACCCAGGCGACGGAGCACUCUGGGGUGUCUAUACACCAGUCUUGGUGCGACAUGUCAGUUUCAAUCCGUAUUUUGCCACGAUGGGAAAGGAGGGUGAUGGAUUCUGGGGAUUUGAUGGAACACUCAUGGAGGCCGGCGCUACACAAAAUGAAGGCGCUGUUCAAGUGUUCCCCCAUGGGACUUCUGAUGCGAUCUUCCAGAUGGAAGGUAUUAUUGCCAAGCCAUCCCGUCCAAUGACUGAGGCAAACGAUCGGAAGAUUUUUUCAAAGAUCAUUCUCGAGCCACUCUCUUUUGACGAUGAUUUGGUUUUAAGGAAAGAUGGAUUAUCCACGGAAAAUGUGGAGUUGGCUUCUCUCCGGGAGCGAAUCUCAUAUUAUUACCUUCGCCAGAUACAUCUCACCCUCAAUACAAGUGGAGUGACUGAGCCUCAGAUCUACCGAAAUGGUUAUAUGGGCCACUUGGAGCAUGUUUUGGAGCAAUUCUCAUCGGGUCUGUAUGCAUGUGCUCAAAAACAGUGGGUGGACGAUACAAAAGAUGACAUUAUCCAAGCCGGGAAAGAACUCUCCCAUGUAAGUGACAUACGCAUCCUACACUCUAUGGGGGAACGUCUCUUGUCAGAGGCUCGUGGAGAGAGCACGAUACUGGAUUCCCGUGCGAAAGACGAAAUUCUGGAGGAUCACUAUCGCAAAGGCUUGGUCUUUUCAAACUUGAACAACUCCCUAGCAAGAAUCGUGAAACGGCUUGUGCAUCGCUUACCACAAAUGCAUGUUUUGGAAAUUGGUUCAGGAGCCGGCGACAGCACUGAAGUGAUUCUUCAAUCCCUAGACGACAGAUUUGCAUCCUUCAAAACUGCCGACUCGUGUCCGGUUUUGGUUGAUUCUGCGCGAGUGAAAUUUGAAAGACUUACUAGCAAGAUGAAGUAUUGCACUCUAGACCUUGAGGCAGACUUCGCGACUCAGGGUUUCCAAAAGCAUAGCUUUGACCUCGUCAUAGCUUCCGAUGUUGCUCAUGGUAAUAUUUCUUGCGAAGUUGUACUCUCCAAUAUUCGAAAUCUUUUACGACCAGGAGGUUAUCUUAUGCUGUCUGGAGUCAUCGGUAACUCAUCGAUUGAAAGCUGCUCCCUGGUGGAGAAAUUGACUGGAUUCUGGAUCGGACUCGAUGAGGUACAAAAGCUAACUCCAAAUAAUACCGAGGCCGACUGGGAUGAGGUCCUGCGAAAAUCAGGCUUCUCUGGAGUGGAUACAAUGACCUCUUUAGAGGGCCGCUUUCCUUAUCCAAUGGCCAUCAUGAUUUCUCAGGCAGUUGAUCCCCGUAUCAACUUUUUACGAGAGCCUCUCUUCUGCCCUGACCCAUAUAUGGGCUCUCCGGGCUCUCUAGGGGGACUACUGAUUGUGGGCGGGAGAAACUUACAUACUUCAAAGAUCGUCCAACGCCUUUCCGUGAUACUCUCGACAAAGUUUACACGUAUAUCCGCAUUGAAGAGUCUCGAAGCUGUUAUUCAGUCACCAGAAUCUAUUCCAUCAAACGUCUUAUUCAUUGGUGACUUGGAUCAACCCACUUUCAAGUCGAUCACUAAACCCGCGUUUCGAGGUCUUAAAUCCAUGAUCAGUGCCGCACGAAACCUGCUCUGGGUGACAUCCAGCAGUCAAACAACUGAGCCAUAUAGCAAAAUGAGUAUUGGGUUCGGUCGGUCUUUGGUGCAUGAGAUGUCUGAUCUGCAUUUGCAGUUUCUUGAUAUCGACGACCCUCAAGCCAUCGAUGCCCUGUAUGUUUCGCAGCUGCUACUGAAGCUGUGUGCAGUCACAAAUUGGACUGAAGCGGGAGAGAUCGAUGACCUGGUCUGGAAAUCGGAGCCUGAAAUUCAUCUCCGGUCAGGCAAAGAGUACAUUCCACGUGUCGUACAUGAUAACUGUCGCAACGAUCGGUAUAAUACUCGACAGCGUACAGUCACCCAUGCGGUCAACUCUUCCAACGUCCCUGUUCAUUUGGAACUUUGUGACACAUCAUACAAGCUUCAAGAACAGUAUUCGCUUGCUCUAAGAUCAGAUUCCGCAAGAACACACGAAAUUGAAGUUCUGAAAUCAACAUUUUUCGCGGUAAACUUGCCAUCGCUGGGUUCAACCUACCUCGCCUACGGCUUGAUUAAAGGAACCUCCAAAGCUGUCAUCUUUCCAACUCGGUCAAAUGCUUCCAUUUUAGGAGUCCAUGAGAAAGAUUUGUUUCAUCUUGGUGCUUCUGACAGUGGUACUCACAUGGCCUCGAACGAAACACUUUUGGAAAUUGUUGUGUGGCAGUUGGUUGCCGAUCGGAUUCUCAACGAGAGCUCUCCUUGGGGCCAUAUUCUCCUAUAUCAACCACCACGAGUCUUGGUAUCUUUGCUGAAUCACGCACUGCUCAAAACAGAGAGAAAAUUGUUUGAGAUUGCACACAAUCCAGAUUCAGCGUCCGUCAUACAGCAGAUCAUCAUACCUUCAAGGGGGAUGGUACAUCAUAUCAAAGAUCUUCUUCCGGCGCAGGUGUCACUUUUCGCAGAUUUCUCCUCUGACGGCGGUCUUCAUGGGUUUUCAGCUCACAUCCGAGACUUGAUACCUCCCAAGUGCCAGAGGUUACGCGCAGAUGAUAUUUUUGUCAAUGCAGCAGAGCUAAAUGAUGAAAGUUGGGAAACAAUGAGGAAGGUUUUGUUCAGUGCAAUUCGAAAUGCUAGAGGCACGUUGGAAAUGACGCAUUCUACCGGUGGUAUGGACUAUAGGUCAGCCGAGGAGUGUGAGCUGCAGACACCAGGAAUUACGACUCAGUGCAUUGUAGAUUGGGCGACGAAUCCUAAAGUGACGGUACAAAUUCAGCCUGCCACCGCUCAUGUCACUUUCUGCACCGACAAAACCUAUUUACUUGUUGGUCUUACCUCUGACCUUGGCCAAUCACUAUGUGAAUGGAUGGUUAGCCGUGGAGCUCGCACCAUCGUGCUUGUGAGCAGAAAUCCUCAGGUAGAGCAGAGUUGGUUGGAUGCACACAAAAGAAAGGGCGCAAAUAUCCAUGUUCACUCCGCGGACGUUACUCAAAGGAAACAGUUUCGCGAGUUUUGCCACAGAAUAAUCGCGAACUUGCCUCCUGUCGCCGGAGUAGCGAAUGCCGCCAUGGUUCUCCAAGACUCGUUGUUUACCAACACAAGCGUACAAAUGCUUAACAAGGUACUUGCCCCCAAAGUCGACGGGAGCAGAAAUCUAGAUGAGCUCUUUCAAGACCCAGGCCUUGACUUUUUCAUUCUCUUUUCUUCUUUUGGUGUGGUUACUGGCAAUGCUGGCCAGACUAGCUACAAUGCCGCGAAUGCAUACCUCACUGCGCUUGCUGCGCAAAGACAGAGCCGUGGUCUCCCUGCGUCUGUCAUGGAUUUGGGCCCGGUUCUUGGGCUUGGUUAUAUCACCCGUUCGGGUGUGUUUUCGGCUAAGGAGAUCAACGAUAUCGGGGCAUACCCGAUCUCUGAAUCUGAUUUCCUGGAGAAUUUUGCUGAGGCCGUGCUGGCGAGCCCGAUUACGGGGGAUGAAAACUUUGAGAUCAUCUCGGGGUUAAGACUUGUGGAUCCUGUGGUCAAUCCCCGUAUCUCGUGGGCUCAUAAUCCUCUAAUGUCGCAUUUAUUGGUGAACAGUGGCAAGACUGCGGUUGAUGAUGGGGAAAGUAAGAUUGCUUCAAUCAAGGAGCAGCUCAUCAUUGCGAAUAGCGUUGAACAAACGCAGCAAAUUAUUCUGGAUGCAUUCAUAACAAGACUUUCGGUUAUACUCCAGCUUUCUGUGGAUAACAUAGAUACACAGGCCCCGUUGAUUGAUCUUGGUGUUGAUUCUCUUGUUGCACUCGAUAUCCGCUCUUGGUUUCUCAAGAGCCUCGGUGCGGAGAUUUCACUGUUGGACAUUCUCAGUGGAUCUACGGUUUCAGAGAUCGCCAAUCACGCAGCUGAAAAUUUGCCAUCGGACCUUUUGCCAGACCCGGUCAGGUCUGGGCCUGGUGCACCGUCCCCCCUGUCGGUCCCCUGUGAGACUGACAGCUCUGCGGGCUCAACUGAUUCGACAAGCGUUUCUUCGUCCACGGAGCAGAUUAUAUCAAAUGCUAAUGAUGUCAUUCUAACACCUCUCGGUCUCAGUUCACCUGAGGACGGUUUUUCGACGGGUUAUCUUGAUGACAAGAACUCGAACCUGUUGGAUAUAUCACCGGUAGAAAGCUUGGACCGAACUAAGCUUUGGUCUCCAUAA